CUCUCUCCCUCCAGUCCUCCCCCCGGUGGCGUCCUGCUGACCCGCAGCCAGCUGAUGGCCGUUUAUACAGCCCUGGCCGAGGAGCUGAGGGAGCCCAUGACCUUUGCCGAGCUGGAGGAGGAGGUGGAAAGGGAGGUGAUGGAGGAGAACGCAGGAAAAGGAGGUGCUGAGGAACCUCUCCUGCACCUCUCUGAAAGCCCCAGGCAGGGCUCAGACGCUGUGUUGGAGCAGGACGUCCCCAGGUCCCAGAGAGAGUCCGACAGUCCAAUGGAGGCUUCCCCUGCUGACCUGGUUCCCCCUGCUGACCUGGUUCCCCCUGCUGGCCUGGCACCCCCUCCUGGCCUGGCACCAGGCCCCCAGUGGAAGAGCCGAGGCUGGCCUCAUACCAUAGCCAGGCUGGUUAUGGAGCCAGACAGCCAGGAUUCUACGGCCUCUCGAGAAUCAGUAUCCAACGGGGAGGAGUCAGUUAGCCGGGCGGACCCACUAAGCCCCGCCUCCACCUACAGCCCACCAACACGGAAGUAUCGAAGACGAGGAGCCGGCAAGAUAACCGAAGAGACCUCGUCUGACCCUGAGGAGGAUGUGUGUAUUCUGGAUGACACCCCUGAGCAGAGAGGCUCCGCCCCCACCCCCCAGAGAGGCUCCGCCCCCACCCCCCAGAGAAGCUCCGCCCCCACCCCCCAGAGAAGCUCCACCCCCACCCCUCAGAGAGGCUCUUCACAUAAGAGAAUCCCUACCCACACCCCCAGACAAGCCACACCCCCAGAGAGGCUCCGCCCCCACCCCCAGAGAAGCUCCGCCCCCACCCCCCAGAGAAGCUCCGCCCCCACCCCCAGAGAAGCUCCACCCCCACCCCCAGAGAAGCUCCACCCCCACCCCCAGAGAAGCUCCACCCCCACCCCCAGAAGCUCCACCCCCACCCCCAGAGAAGCUCCACCCCCACCCCCAGAGAAGCUCCACCCCCACCCCCAGAGAGGCUCUUCACAUAAGAGAAUCCCUACCCACACCCCCCAGAGAAGCCCCACCCACCAGAGAAGCCACACCCACCAGAGAAGCCCCACCCCUCAGACAAGCCACACCCACCAGAGAAGCCCCACCCCUCAGAAGGCCUCCACCAGUAAAAAGGGACCUGAUCUGAAGUGGAAGCAGCUAUUGGGUGUUGCUAAGGAAUUCAAGGAUAGGUGGAGUGAUGAAGAGGAUUUAUUUGACUCCCCUCACAAAGACAGUUCUGAGGACAACGCCAGUACUACCGGAGGAGGCAGGAAGAGGAUGUGGACAGCAGAGGAGACUGAGUGGGUGAAGGAGGGAGUGAGGCGCUACGGAGAGGGGAACUGGUCCAGAGUAAAGUCCUCUUUCCCCUUCUUGGGCCGAACCGCCGUGAACAUCAAGGACCGGUGGAGAACCAUGAAGAAACUCAAGUUGGUCUGAGGGGACCAAAGCGUCUAACUUGUCCAAUAAGAAAUUAUAUUUUUCGUUUACAUUUGCUACGGGGUGCAGUAACGAAAUUCGAACGCUGGAGGGCCUCGGAGCUACGCAAGACAAUGAUGACGUUAUCCAGUUGUGAGAAUGGAUGUGAGACGUUUCCUUUCCACAAAAGAUAAAUGUUUGCCCGUUGCACAUCUGUCAACAAUGAGGACAGGAAGCCGAAGAUGGUCGGAGGGGCCUUUAGACCAAGAUAAAAUGUUGAUUCGGACAUUUUUUUUUUUUAGACAUGUUUAGAGGUAUUUUAUCACUUGUCUUUCUUGGUUAAAAUAAAGACUUCUCUUCUACUGA